AGAACUUGGUUCUCAGUCAACCGAUUGUCAAAUAAUGUUCUGUCUGUGUGGUUCAUGAUUCGGGAAUUGUUCAGUAGUUGACGUGGAUUAAGGGGAUUAACAAGUCUUGAAAUAUAUUUACCAAAAUUGAACUUUCUAUAAAGAUGGAAGUCAAUAAUUUUGAAACAUUUUUUCCAUCGACAACAACACCAACGCCAACAACAUCGUCUCACCCCACAAUCAUGUACAGUCAGCCCUUCUCCCAACCACAAACAAGUGAAGAAAGUUUCUCAUCAACAAUGUCAACAGUACCGGAUGUUCAUAGUUUUGAGACUCAUGUGGCCACACUAUCUUCUUCCAUAACUUCGUCUGGAGGUGGUAUAGAGUUGUCAACCAGCGACAACAAAGGCUCUGAUUUUGAAGCAUUUGAGAAAAUCUUGUUUGGCAGUCAUUACGAUCAUGAUUUUGCAAGUGACGAGUUGGAAGAGUUGCUGAAAGACUGUGAUGCCAUAAGUUUUGACGAUGCCUUAUCAAUUAAACAAACUACAAAUAGCGUGUCUCAAUUUGCCUCCACGGUUGAAAGUGUAAACCCUCAUUUUACAUUCACAUUUCCCAUUGUCUCUUCCCCCAACAAUGAACAUGUCUCGUGUAUAAGAAAAGUAACAAUUGAAUUCUCUUCGACGUCCAGUGUGCAUCACGUCGCUGAGAUACGUUUCUCGCACGAUGGAUCCCAAAUCCCUCCCCCUCAACCCCGAAUAACCUGUCAUAAACAAAAAAAUAAGGGCACACGACGAGGAAAGACGACUGCGCAACCACGAAGGAAGCUGUCAUCUUCAGGGGCAGUUGCUGUGCCGAAGAAUCCAAAGGCAAAACCUAGAACAGCAGUGGGGACGACGUCGUCAUCUAAGACGAAAAGGGGUGCAGCGAAAAAGAAGGAAGGCGAAGCUAAAAAGACGAACGGCAAACCCAAAAAACAAACCACCAAGAGAAUAGUUGCGAGAAAGGCGAAGGUUGAGAAUGAAAAAGUCUGUCCAAUGCAGUGUCGAGUAGUUUUAACGAGAUUGCCAGAAAGUCAGUCACUGUCACUGUCACGUAAGUCGGAAAGGAUAAAAUAUUAUCCUUAUCAGAAAUAUGGAUCUGAUAAUUAUUUUUGAUCUGGAAGCAUCAAUUACGCAAUAUACGUCUUUUUAAAUCUGAAUAUUGAAUUGAUCUUACGUCAUGUGUGACUUUACUGCAAACACUUUAAAGUAGGCAGCCCAAGGUUUAGGGUUAUUUGGAGCAUGAAUGCAAUUAUGUAGAUAAUUAGUCUAUAUCAUAUCAAGUCUAUAAUUAGCAGUUCAUAGUUGUGCAACAUUGAUUACAUAUAAGUAAAACGAGAUUUUUAUUUAGUAUUUUCGUAGUUGGUCCGGACAACUUUGUAUAAUAUAUAAAUGACGAUAUACAGCUCGAUUGUUAAACACCUGAUUAAUUGCGCCUUUAAUAAACAUCAAGUUUUGCUGUUCUAUUAUUACAA